AAAGUAGUUAAAAAAUAAUUAAAACUCAUAAUUACCUGAUAAUUAAUGAAAAGCUCAUAAUUAGAGUGAAGAAUGUAUUGCUUCAAUCAAAUUGCAUUUUGGAGGCCUUUGGAAACGCAAAGACUAAUAGAAAUGACAAUUCAAGUCGUUUUGGAAAAUAUAUGGACAUUAACUUUGACUUCAAAGGAGAUCCAUUGGGCGGACACGUCAGUAAUUAUUUACUCGAAAAGUCCCGGGUUAUAGGACAGCAAACGGGUGAAAGAAAUUUCCAUUCAUUUUACCAGUUAUUAAAUGGUGCUUCGGAUCAGUUGCUGAAUAAGUUGGGAAUCAAAAGAGAUCCCAGUCAUUACCAUUACCUCAAGCAAGGUGGAAGUUUUAAAGUGGAUUCCAUUAAUGACAAAACGGAUUAUAAAGGAGUAGAGAAUGCGAUGAAGAUAUUGAAUUUCAAUGAAUCCCAGUGCGAGUCCUAUUGGAAAACGAUUGCAUCGAUUCUGCAUUUGGGAAACGUUGACUUCAAACGCGAUGAUAAU